GAGCCUCUCGCGCGCCCGCACUCGCGCGGUGCCCCCCUCGCCGCCCAGGCCCCCCACGCCGCGGCCGGAGCCCCCGGACGACCUCGCGCUCCCGGCUCGGGCGUGGACGGGGCGCGCGUCCUCGCGGGUCUGAAUGGAAGGGUCGAGGUCGGCGGCGGCGGCGAGCAGCUCCUGAAGCCAGAGCCCCAGCCCGGCGCCCGCGCCAUGCGGCGGGAGAGGUGCGGCGCCCCCUGCCCGCGUCGCCGCCAUGGAGGUGCUGCGGCGCUCCUCCGUCUUCGCCGCCGAGAUCAUGGACGCCUUUGACCGCUCGCCCACGGACAAGGAGCUGGUGGCCCAGGCCAAGGCGCUGGGCCGGGAGUUCGUGCACGCGCGGCUGCUGCGCGCCGGCCUCUCCUGGAGCGCCCCCGAGCGCGCCGCGCCGGUCCCGGGGCGCCUGGCCGAGGUGUGCGCCGUGCUGCUGCGCCUGGGGGAUGAGCUGGAGAUGAUCCGGCCCAGCAUCUACCGCAACGUGGCGCACCAGCUGCACAUCUCCCUGCAGUCUGAGCCCGUGGUGACCGACGCGUUCCUGGCCGUGGCUGGCCACAUCUUCUCCGCAGGCAUCACGUGGGGCAAGGUGGUGUCCCUGUAUGCGGUGGCGGCAGGGCUGGCCGUGGACUGCGUGAGGCAGGCCCAGCCUGCCAUGGUCCACGCCCUUGUUGACUGCCUGGGAGAGUUUGUGCGCAAGACUCUGGCCACCUGGCUGCGGAGGCGCGGUGGAUGGACUGAUGUCCUCAAGUGUGUGGUCAGCACAGACCCCAGCCUCCGCUCCCACUGGCUGCUCACCGCACUCUGCAGCUUCGGCCGCUUCCUGAAGGCUGCCUUCUUCGUGCUCCUGCCAGAGAGAUGAGCUGCCCACCUGGGAGCUCAUCUGGGCCUGCAGUCCGGCCCUUGGGGCCUGAUGCAGGAGGCCCUCAGCACCGAACGCAUCUCCCUCCUCCCCACCUGAGCCUGGAGCACUCUAACCCUUGGAGUCCCCCCGCAAGCUCUGUUCCUUUGCAGACCCAAGCCCUCCAGAAGGGGUGAGCAGGGAGGGGCUUUCCUGAGCCUGGGAGCUAGGCUUUGGGGUAGCCUGUCACCCUUCCUACUUCUGCCCCUUUUCCUGGGACCUCUGUGUGUUCCCUUUUCUUUCCGGGUCCAGGAAGUCAGGGUCAACUCCCAGGCCCCCGAUGAAGGGGCUGGGAACACCAUGCUCUCACCUGAUGCCCGGGAUCCCAACCCAAGAGGGGUCAUCUCAGGACCCGAGUCCUCAGGGCCCCACACAUUCAGUCUGAAGGUGACUGUGGCCUGGCCAAAGCUGGAAGAGCCAUGGGGACUCUAAGGCUCGAAUGCUGGUUGCUUAAUCAAUUUCUGGAGGAAGAGUAUGUCCCCCACCUGUGACGGUCCUUGUGUGGUGGGGACUGGGGCCAGCAGGCUCCAGGCCAGCACACCUGACCACUGGAUAUGGAACCUAUGGCAUGAGUCUGAUCCCAGUCCAGGUUCGCGUCAGUGAAGGGUGAGGGUGACCCCACCUGCUAUUUUUGUGCCCAUCCUUAUACAGACAUUUGAGUAUGUGCCCGUUAUGCCCCGGACACUAACCCCAGGGUGCACUUGAAGCCCAAGCCACCCAAAGGCAGCCUUCCUUGACACCUGCAUUUCUGGGCACACGUGAGGCAUCUUUGCUGGAGCCCCGAGCCAGCCCGUCCCGCACCAGAGAAGCACAGUGCUGGGGAGGUGGCGCAGGCUGGACGUGAGGCCGUCCUUCGGGGGAGGCCUGGCCUAGCAGCCUGCCCUCCACGCCAGGCUUCCUGCUGGGGUGGGUGACGUGCCAGCACAAGAGGCCCCUGCAGAAAGCCGGCCCCAGACUCAUGGCAUUCAGGUCCCACCGGAGGGCACGGGUGGUAAUAAACUCCAAACAGUUGUCUCAUUUCAGACAGAAAGUCACUCUGCCUGUGGUAAA